ACGACUCACCGUUUAGAUUGGAAAACGUUUUCUGAUUUUUCUCUUUUUUCCGUUCAAGAAUUCUAUAAGAUAUCUUAAUUUGUUUGCUGCAUUUUAAUUUCCUCAACAUGCCUCGUAUAAUGAUUAAGGGUGGUGUUUGGAGGAACACCGAGGAUGAGAUUCUUAAGGCGGCUGUGAUGAAAUAUGGCAAAAAUCAGUGGGCAAGAAUUGCAUCAUUGUUACACAGGAAGUCAGCCAAACAGUGCAAAGCUAGAUGGUAUGAGUGGCUGGAUCCCAGCAUUAAGAAGACAGAAUGGAGCAGGGAAGAAGAAGAAAAAUUGCUACAUCUGGCUAAACUUAUGCCUACCCAGUGGCGUACCAUAGCCCCUAUAGUAGGACGUACAGCAGCACAGUGUCUCGAGCAUUAUGAAUAUUUACUAGACAAGGCACAGAAUCGUGAUGAGAGUGAGGAUGACCCUCGGAGGCUUAAACCCGGAGAGAUUGACCCUAAUGCUGAAACGAAGCCAGCCAAGCCAGAUCCUGUUGAUAUGGAUGAAGAUGAGUUGGAAAUGUUGUCAGAAGCAAGAGCAAGAUUGGCAAACACCCAGGGUAAGAAAGCAAAGAGGAAAGCUCGUGAAAAACAGCUGGAAGAGGCUCGUAGAUUGGCUGCCUUACAGAAACGUAGAGAACUCAGAGCUGCUGGAAUAGAAAUAAAGAAGAAGGCUAGGAGGAAGAGAGGUGUAGACUACAAUGCAGAGGUUCCCUUUGAGAAGAAACCAGCACCUGGAUUUCACGACACAUCUGAAGAAAACUAUGAUCCCUUGGACCCAAAUUUCAAGCGUCUGAGACAGCAAGAUCUUGAUGGAGAGAGAAGAGAUGCAAAGGAGGAGAGAGAAAGAAGAAAAGAUAAAGAUAAACAGAAGAAAAGAAAAGAGAGUGACUUACCAGGACAUAUAGCGGGACAAAGCAAUUUCCAGGAGCCAAUUAAGAAAAGGAGUAAACUUGUAUUACCAUCACCCCAGAUCUCAGAGGCUGAAUUGGAAGAGGUGGUGAAGGUAGGAUACGCCAGUGAGAAUGCUCGAGCCCAAGCCGAGGAGUCCGGCAUGCAGAAUGGAGCUACACAGAGUUUGUUACAGGACUACUCAGUCACACCAGGUAGCUCUGUACUGAGAACACCAAGAACACCUGCCCUCGCUUCUGAUGUUCUUAUGCAGGAAGCCCAGAACAUAAUGGCUCUUACAAAUGUUGACACACCACUGAAGGGAGGCCUCAAUACGCCCCUGCAUAACUCUGACUUCAGUGGGGCUACACCCCAGCAGAGGAACAUCCAGACCCCGAACACCGUGCUCGGAACACCUUUCAGAACACCAGGACCUGGGGAGGAGGGAGGUAUGACACCACAUGGAAUGACCCCUAUGAUCACACAGAAUGGGCAACCUGGUGUCACGCCCAUGAGAACACCUAUGAGAGAUAAACUUAACAUUAAUCAGGGGGAUGACUUUGAAUCAGGAACUUUUGAACAGCAAGACCCAAGAGAUCAGUUGAGGCGAGGGUUAGCAGGACUACCACAGCCGAAAAAUGAUUUUGAGAUUCUGGUUCCCGAGGACAUGAAUGAGGACCUAGAUGAAGCUGGAGACCAACAUCAGUAUAUUGAGGACCAGGCAGAACUUGAUGCAAGAUCUGAAGCAGAUAAAAGGGCAAGAAUGGAGAAAGAAUUGAAGUUACAGUCUCACUCUGUACAGAGAGACCUUCCACGACCAUAUGAUGUCAAUGAAAAUAUUUUGAGAGAUGUAGGACCCGGAGACCCUCCCUUAACUGACCUACAGAAGGCCGAGGAGCUGGUGAAGCGUGAAAUGUUGAUCAUGUUGCAUCACGAUGCAGCCUACAAUGCCACAGAAGCUCAGCUUGGGAUCACACCGGGCUCCAAGAAGAACCAGCCCAGUCAGAAGAGUGUAGCUAACCAGGCCGCACAUAUUGCUUUCCUUAAAGAGCACCCACUACAGAAAGUUUCAGAGGAGGAGAUUGAACAGGCUAGAGAGUUGUUACAUCAGGAGAUGGAGGUUGUUAAACGAGGAAUGGGUCAUGGCGACCUAUCUCUUGAGGCGUUCUCGCAAGUGUGGGAUGAAUGCUAUUCCCAAGUGUUGUAUCUCCCGUCACAAGGCAGGUACACGAGGGCAAACCUGGCUAGCAAAAAAGACAGGAUAGAAUCUCUUGAGAAAAGAUUAGAGAAUAACAGGUCUUAUAUGACAAAAGAUUCUAAAAAAGCUGCAAAACUUGAAAAGAAAUUGAAAAUUUUAUUGGGAGGAUACCAGUCUAGAAGUCAAGGUUUAUUCAAACAAGUAACAGAAUUACAUGAGCAGCUUGAACAGACGUUUGUUGAGUUAACAACAUUUGAAAAUCUACGCCAACAUGAGGUUGGAGCUAUACCCAAGAGAAUGGAGUCAUUGACAGAAGAUGUUGUUCGGCAAACAGAGCGUGAACGAGAAUUACAGAAACGUUACAGUGAUCUCCAGUUCCGAAUGUCAUUGUUACAAGUCACAAAAUGAUCGUCAUUCCAUAAAAACUUUCAUCUUACAGUCAUAGGAACAUUUUGUACAUUACUCAUCCGACAUUUGUAUAAUUGUGAGCAACAUGUUGGCAGAUGGCUGAAAGUACUCUGCCAAUUUCACUGAAAAUUCUGUUGUUUUUUUUUACUAGGUGUGCAUAAAUAAGCUAAACACACUUAAGAAGCAUAUACAUAUGUUUUCCUAGAAUGUAAUUUUUUUUUUACAUUUUACAUGACAAAUAUUAAGAGUUUAAAUGUGUGACCUUAUAUGAACUUGUUUACAUCUUUUGUUUUAUAAAUUGACCAACAUAUAAAUUGAUUGGCAUAUGUCACAUGUACCAUGUAAAUUUGUAAAGAGAAAUUAUUGAAUAUUAUAUCCA